UUUAACGUGACGUUUCUACAACAGGGAGUUUCCCAUCAUAUUAUUAGGCUAACUCAUUAUUAGGGCUAACUCUGUUUAAUUGUUGUUUCUUAAAUAGAUAAGUGCAAAUAAACACUUCCACAAUGAAGUUGUUUGGAAGAUCAGACAAGCCGCCGGAGGUUUAUGACAAUGUGUAUGCAGGACUGAGACAAUUAUACAAAACCAGAAUAUUGCCUCUAGAGGAAACGUACAAUUUUCAUGAUUUUCAUUCGCCUGCACUCACCGACCCGGAUUUUGAUGCCAAGCCGAUGAUAUUGUUGGUUGGACAGUACUCAACGGGGAAAACAACGUUCAUUAAGUACCUACUCGAGCAGGAAUUCCCCGGGAUCCGCAUCGGCCCGGAGCCGACGACCGAUCGCUUCAUGGUUCUCAUGUGGGACGAGCACGAGAACCAGAUCCCGGGCAACGCUCUCGUCGUCGACCCAAAUCGGCAGUUCAAGCACCUCUCCAAGUUCGGCAACGCGUUCCUCAACAAGUUCCAGGCGUCGACGAUCGACAACGCCGUCCUGAAAUCGCUGACGCUCGUCGACACGCCGGGGAUCCUCUCCGGUGAGAAGCACCGCGUCGACCGCGGCUACGACUUCACGGGCGUGCUCGAGUGGUUCGCCGAGCGCGUUGAUCGCAUCGUGCUGCUCUUCGACGCGCACAAGCUCGACAUCUCGGACGAGUUUCGGCGAUCGAUCGAGGCGCUGCGCGGACACGACGAGAAGAUCCGAAUCGUGCUGAACAAGGCCGAUCGCGUCGACCACCAGCAGCUGAUGCGAGUGUACGGCGCGCUGAUGUGGUCGCUGGGGAAGAUCAUCAACACGCCCGAGGUGACGCGCGUCUACGUCGGCUCGUUCUGGGACCAGCCGCUGCACUACGACGCGAAUCGGCGGUUGUUCGAGGCCGAACACCAGGAUUUGUUCAAGGACCUGCAGACGUUGCCACGCAACACGGCGCUGCGCAAACUCAACGACCUCAUCAAACGCGCCCGGCUCGCGAAGGUCCAAGCAUACAUCAUUAGUUCAUUGAAAAACCAGAUGCCUGCAAUGUUUGGUAAGGACAACAAGAAGAAGGAGCUGAUUAAAGGGCUCGAUCAAACAUUUGCACAGAUUCAGCGAGAGUACCAGAUCUCGCCGGGAGACUUCCCGGACGUGAACCGCAUGCGCGAGCAGCUCAAGGACAUGGACUUCAGCAAGUUCCACUCGCUGCGGCCGCGUCUCCUUGAAGCCGUCGACUCGAUGCUCGCGACCGAUGUCGCGCAGCUGAUGGCGCUCAUUCCGAAGGAAGAUUCCCUCGCCUCGGCCGAGAUCAACCCUCCGACGAUCCACGCGGGCGCGUUCGGCGGCGCCGAGAACUCGCCGUUCACCAUGGGCAGCGGCGAGGGCGUCGACGCCGGCCGCGAUGACGCGGACUGGAUCGUCGCGAAGGACAAACCAAACUACGACGAGACGUUCCAGCGGCUGAACCCCGUCGACGGCAAGGUGACGGGCGCCGCCGCCAAGCAGGAGAUGAUCCGCUCGAAGCUGCCCAACUCGGUGCUCGGCAAGAUCUGGAAGCUGGCCGACGUUGACAAGGAUGGGAUGCUGGACGACUACGAGUGGGCGCUAGCAAACCACCUCAUCAAGGUGCGGCUCGAUGACAACCCGCUACCGAACACGCUGCCUGACCACCUAGUGCCACCGACGAAGAGAGAUCUGGUCGAGUAGUCUCCUCCUUCCUUCACGCUCCCUCCUCCCUCCCUCCUUACCCGAGGUCCUGCUGCUACUCCGUUCCUCCUCCCUCCUCUCAUUCUUCCCCUCCUCCUCCUACUCCUUCCUGUCCCUCCUCACCUGAGGUCCUACA